CGCGCGUGUUCUAUCUCUCUCUUACUCAGUCCAGCCAAGGGCUAAGCAUGGCGGCUCGUAAAGAAACCGGGAACACCGCUCCUCUUGCCGAGACCGCCGUGAAGCAAGUGCAGAUCGAUGGCUUGGUGGUGCUGAAGAUCAUUAAGCAUUACCAAGAGGAAGGCCAUGGGAGUGAAGUGGUGCAGGGUGUUCUUCUUGGCCUAGUGGUUGACGAUCGCCUUGAGAUCACAAACUGUUUUCCCUUCCCACAACACACGGAAGACGAUGUUGACUUUGAUGAAGUUCAGUACCAAAUGGAAAUGAUGCGCAGCUUACGUCACGUCAACAUCGACCAUCUCCACGUCGGUUGGUACCAGUCCACGUUCUAUGGCACGUUCGUGAGCCGCGCUCUUCUGGAUUCCCAGUUCAGUUAUCAGCACGCCAUUGAGGAGUCCGUGGUACUCAUUUACGAUCCCAUCAAGACCAGCCAGGGCUCCCUCUCGCUGAAGGCUUAUCGGCUGACACCCAAACUGAUGGAAAUCUGCAAGGAAAAAGACUUCUCGGCUGAAGGGUUAAAAAAGGCCAAUGUUGCAUAUGAAGACAUGUUUGAAGAGGUUCCUAUUGUCAUCAAGAACUCCCACCUUAUUAACGUGCUGGUCUGGGAGCUGGAUAAAAAGGCACCAGUCACUGAAAAGCACGAGCUGCUCAAUCUUUCCAGCAGUAACCACCUGGAGAAAAGCCUGCAGCUCCUGAUGGACAGAGUGGAUGAAAUGAGCCAGGACAUAGUGAAAUACAACACAUACCAGCGCAAUGUCGGCAAGCAACAGCAGCAGAAGCAUCAGUACACGCAAAGGAGACAACAAGAAAACCUACAGCGCCUGAGCCGCGGAGAGACCCCAUUGCCCGAGGAAGACGUCAACAAGAUGUUUAAGCCUCCUGUGACCCCUUCCAGAAUGGAUCCCCUUCUUAUUGCAGGUCAAAUUAACACUUACAUCCAGCACAUCAAGGGGUUCACCUCGCAAAACCUCGGCAAGCUUUUCAUGGCCGAAGCGCUGCAGGAUCAGACCAACUGACGCUCCAGCGAAUGGCGGCCUUAAACAAGCUCGUCACCUGCUUUUGAUGUAUUACCAAAAUAUAAACACAUUUUAACAA